ACAACCCUGGAGCUGCACGUACUAGUAGUAGCCCAAGUGCUGCAUUGAACAACUCCAGUGCUUGUCAAAUGCCGUCGACUGCGCUCCCGCUAAAAGUUACUCCUGCAUCAACACCCGCAAGAGCUUCACCGCAACCAUCUACUUCAGGCUCAAAGACUCCCACAAAGCAUGCCAUUGCCACCAACCCUGGUGAAAUAUCUAGCCCCCAUGAGCUAACAGCUUUUGUCGAAACUUUACUUGAACAACUUGAUACCCAAUUUGACACUAUGUCGUCUCAGAUUCUUGAUCACAUGAUGCAAAUGUCAAAUAGAGUGGAUGCACUGGAGGCUGCUAUACAGGAUAUUAUUAGCGGGGAUGUAACCACACCAAGUGCAUCUAUGUCGUCGACACCGCUUCUAGCUGCCGGUGCAGCGCUGCCAGGUAUUCGAAGGAGCGGAAGUGGCGCCUAGUAAUGGGGACAUGGCACAGUUUCAGUUUUCGACUUCGUUUCAUCACUCAACAGUGUGGCUCUAUUUUUCGGUUGACAAUAUGUUAACAAUAUCAUUUCAUAAUUCCAUUAGCACAUACGGACUGGCCGGUUAUAUUGUUUUGCAAUAGCAAACAAUUGUAUCUUAGCCGGCUCGGAUCGUCUCGCAUGCGAAGCAACACGGCUUUAUUCUGACCUGUUAGGUAUGCUUUGGAGGCAUCAGCACAGAUACUACUCGGAUACCCAUCUAUAUCGCA